CUCGAUGUCAUCAGAGUCCAAUUGGAAUAUUGGAAUUUACCAAGUGGCGAUUGGUGGCGAUUUUAUCAUUCGCAGAAUCGCACAGAGAUUGUAAACUAAAUGGAACUCGUAGCUCCUAGCCUCGUGUUCUCAAUGUUCUCUGAAUCGGGCGAUUCGUUUCCGCAUUCGAUGUAGCUGACAGCUGUCGUGUCAGUAUAUAUACGUCGAUCGACUAAUGGGGAACGAAAAGAGUGCUCUUCGCGGUCUUGAAAUCGAAGACAAGGCCAUUGAGGUGACGGACUACUGGAUGCAUUACGAUGCUUACGUGCACGACUCAAGCCUGCAGAGACUCUCCAUCUUCAUCAGCGAACCAUCCUUACACUUCGCAGCAACGUUUGGGAGACCGUCACCAUUGGAGCGAGCGGCAAAGAAUUUUAUGUUACAUCGGCAUCCCUGUAUCUUGAAAUAUAUUUCUUCCUGGAGCAAAGGUAGCAAAUUCUUUCUCGCUACGGAAGAGGCUAGGCCAUUGGUCCAAGUAAUCGAAAAGCAGAAUAUACUGCAAAUAUGUAUUGGUUUGCACAGUAUCCUACGAGCCUUAAUAUUCCUGCAUGAGACCGCACUGGCGUCACAUAAUAAUGUGUGCAGUAGUUCUAUUUACGUCACUUCAGAGGGAUAUUGGAAAUUGGGUGGAUUGGAAUGCUUGUGUAAAUUCGCAGAUGCAUCACCAACGUAUUAUCAACGAAUAAAGAAUUAUAGAUACGAGAAAGCGAUAUCGUCGAAUGAAGAUAUAGCUGAUUUAGUUAAAACUGCUAAUCUCACUGCAAUUGAUUCGUACGCAUUUGGAGUAUUAGCAGAAGACAUUUUGAAAAAUUUAAAAGAUACAGAUGAAGCACCAAAUUUGCUGGAAUUUAAUGAAUUUUGUAAAAAGAAUCUGCAAAAUUCAGAUGCAUAUUUGAGAAAUAGAUUAUUGAACGUACUGCAGCAUUCAUUUUUCACUCACGAAUUUAUAAGGAUACAUGCAUUUUUGGAGGAAUUACCAUUAAAAACUGAUGUUGAAAGGGAAGAAUUUUUCACGAAAUUAAGACAACAACUACAGAUGUAUCCCGAGGCUGUUGUUGCUGAGCAACUAGGCAGAGUGCUUCUUUCCAGGAUAGUUUUGUUGGAUAGCACUGCCCAAGUAAAGCUUUUACCUUUUAUCUUUAAACCCAAAGAUGAGAAAAACGAUUUGGGGACUAGUCUAUUUACAAUUCCUACUUUUAAGAUUAUCUUAGUACCAAGACUUCUACAAAUGUUUUGUAUUCGAGAUGUUUCUAUUCGUCUGCUGCUGCUGUCCCAUUUCAGUUCGUUCGUUCACAUAUUUGAAGCGGACGAAUUGAAAAAUCACAUUCUUCCCGAAUUACUCGUUGGAAUAAAAGACACCAACGACGAUCUCGUCUGCGCUACGUUAAGGGCAUUGGCUGACAUAGUGCCAAUUUUGGGCGCGGCAGCAGUUAUCGGUGGAAACCGGGGGAAAUUAUUUACGGAUGGUCGGCCGAAUAAGAAAAUGAUUCGCAACAAAAAUCUCGAUGAUAUUAGGAAAGCUUUAACGUUCACUCAAGAUAUGCCCGUCUUCGUGAAUGUAGACGAGAACAAUGUUCAUUUAGCGGAAAGACCAUCACCAGAUGGUGGUGAGGAUAAGAAGGAGAAGGAAUUUUCAUUUGCCGAGGAGGAAUACACCUGGUCGGAUUGGGAAACACAAGAACCAGUUGGGAAUGAUCAUUGUGAUGUAGAAGAAGCUCUCUCCAACAAUGUGCAAGCGGAAAUUCAAGGUUCUUGCGAUACGGACUCAUCCUCGCCCUUGUCUGACUUACCGUCGAGCUCUGAGAAGUCAAAGUAUACAAAGAAACUAGUACUUAACGAUAUUACUGAGCUCGAUAUAAAGAAUUCGAAGGUAAUAAAAUCUUCGAAGGAAGAAUUCGACUUUUUCACCGAUAUGGAGCCUGUGAUACAGAAGACGCAGAUCUUACACGUCCCGGAAGUGCAAUCGCCGAAGAGCAUGUUCGACGUGAAGACGUCGGGUGCCACUUUGGAAGAACAUGACGUUAAUGGUUGGGGAGAAGACUUGAGUGACUUGAGUAUAGAUGAUACAUAUGAACUGGCGAAACAGUGAGCGCGAUAAAAAGAAAAACUAUUUGAAUAAAAAAGCAAACGAGCUUGUACGACAAAUGAUAUUCUCCUAAUUGUAUCCAUUCUUAUUAACGUCCAAUAUAUGUGAUUACAAUACCAUUAUCCAAAUAAGUAUUUUUAAUAAAUAUAAAAUAUAUGAGAUAGGCUAAAAAUAUACAAUA